CUUGUGUCCAAAAACCCUAACCCUAGCACUCAGCGCAGCCGCCGCCUCGUCGAUGCCUCCCAAGUUCGAUCCCACCCAGGUCGUCGAUGUCUACGUCCGGGUCACCGGCGGUGAGGUCGGAGCUGCGAGUUCUCUCGCCCCUAAGAUCGGCCCUCUUGGGCUGUCGCCCAAGAAGAUCGGAGAGGAUAUUGCCAAGGAGACUGCCAAGGAUUGGAAGGGUCUCCGUGUGACGGUGAAGCUCACCGUCCAGAACCGGCAGGCCAAGGUCUCCGUCGUGCCGUCCGCCGCAGCCCUCGUCAUCAAAGCCCUCAAGGAGCCCGAGCGCGAUCGCAAGAAGACCAAGAAUAUCAAGCAUUCGGGGAACAUCUCCCUCGACGAUGUCAUUGAGAUUGCUAGGAUCAUGAGCCCCAGAUCCAUGGCCAAGGAUCUCAGUGGCACUGUGAAGGAGAUCCUCGGCACCUGCGUCUCAGUGGGAUGCACCGUGGACGGCAAGGACCCCAAGGACCUCCAGCAGGAGAUCACGGAAGGGGAUGUUGAGGUCCCGCUUGAGUGAGCCUUCUCAUUUGUCACUACUACUUUUCCAUGUUUCUGAUUGUGUUCCUUGGAGGUUUUCCUAGUCUUCUCAAUAUUGGGAUACUGAUCUACCAUUACAUGCAGCGUUUUAUUUAUGAAUUUUCGUUUGUUAAUCUUUCGUACUUUCUGAGAUUUUAGUAA